CCAGGCAGCACCCCAAGGCUAGGGGGCUCACGGAAGGGAGCGCGGCCGAAGCUAAGCAGAGACCGAACGGAGAGGGAAGGUGGGGCGCUGGGUGACUUGCUUUAAAUGGGCUGCGGGGAAGCGGAAAAGAACAAAAUUGGUAGAGACGGAACCGAGGGGACGGGAUAAACAUGACCCGGUUGAACUUCAUGAACGUGUUGCGGCUCCUGGUUUUAUUGAUUGUAGUAAUUGUGGGCUUGAAGAUGUUUCCUAUAUUAAAAACAAAACAAUCGGAUGCUCUUGCAAAAGAUAGCUUUUGGGAUGAACAUGGAGGAGCAAUGCCAAAUAGCCAAGAAAUGGAGAUUAACCAAAAAAUGGAGCAUGAAGCAAUACAGAAUGUUCAGCAGGAAAAGGAUAAGGGAAUGGUGGAAGUAAAUCCAAAGCCACAGCAACAGAGGGAUCACAGCGCUUCACUGAUGAGAAUUGUGCACUUGGACCUCAAAGGAGCUGCACCCAAACUUUCAUAUUUGCAACAGAUCUUUCCCCUUCUGGCCAGCGCUGGGGUCAAUGGUAUAUUAAUGGAGUAUGAGGAUGCCUUUCCUUACUAUGAUGGUCUUGAAAUCCUCAAGUCCAACUAUGCUUACAGUUCUGCCGAUAUUGACAAGAUCCAACAAUUAGCUGAGAACAAUAAUCUGGAGAUUAUUCCCUUAAUUCAAACCUUUGGACACAUGGAGUUUGUUCUCAAGCAUGGUAAAUAUCGAAACCUCAGGGAGGUAGAGAGAUUUCCCAAUAGCCUGAAUCCCCAUUUGCCUGGCUCUCUGAAUUUGGUGAAGGAGAUGCUCUCCCAAGUACUCGAUAAACACAGCAAAUCUGGCUGGAUCCACAUAGGAGCCGAUGAGGUUUUUAGUCUUGGAGAAAGUCCUGAAUCCAAACAGUGGCUCAGUGAACAACGAGGAGACAUUGGAAAGCUGUUCUUGGACCAUGUCAAAGAAAUUGGGAGUUUUUUGGUUAACAAGUAUCCUGGGCUUAAGCUCCUCAUGUGGGACGACAUGAUGCGGAAGAUUAGUAAAGAAAGAAUCAGUGAAUCUGGUGUAACUGAAUAUAUUGCCCCUGUGGUGUGGUUCUAUCAGCCAGACUUUAACAUUGAGCACGUAGAAACAUUGCUUGCCAAGUACAUGGACAGUGGAUUCAGGAGCAUCUGGUUCGCAAGUGCCUUCAAAGGGGCGACAGGUGUUAGCCAGGUUUGGACCCCCAUUAAGUUCCACCUAGAAAAUCACCUUCGGUGGCUGCAGGUGAUUAAAUCCAUCUCAAAGUUCCCAUCCCUUCACUUCCAAGGGUUGGCAUUAACAGGCUGGCAAAGGUACGAUCAUUUCUCAACUCUGUGUGAGCUGCUGCCAGUUGCGAUCCCAUCCUUGGUGGUCUGCAUACAAACUGUGAUACAUGGCUCUUUCACAGAUGAGGCAAAAACCAAAUCACAGCAGAUUUUGGGAUUUAAAAAUAUUAAUCUAGAAAACAAUGUGAGUGAAGGAGAUGGCACAUUUGCAGGGGCUGAGAUUUAUCAAAUGGUUCACUGGAUUUAUCAAAAUCUGAAACCUGAAGCAACUCGUGUUCUAGAAAGUAACAGUGAGAUACAGGGAUGGUUCAGUUAUUACAACAGGAAAUACCGCUUUGCAAAUCCUCGGAACAUGGAGCAUUUUGGCAGCGAAGUACUUAGAAUUCACAAGCAGUGGGAAGAGUACUUGGGAAAUUUCCGCAUGCAGAUGGAAAAGAUGUACUUCUCCGACACUGUGGAGGAAUGGAUGGAAGUGAAUGUGAACCCAUACAUGGACCCGAUUAGAAAGUUUGUGAAGGACUAUAAGGAAAUUAUAGCACUAAUGGGUGCACCAAAACAAAACUAGAAAAUCAGCAAGAAACAACAAAUUUGGGAAUGCACAGCCACUGGUGGAAUAACUGGAAACCAUCCAUCUACCCUAUUUCUGUUAUGACACAUUAACAACUAGAGAUCCAGGAUCAAAACCCAACAAAGCACAAGAACUGGGUCCUACUUCAGAGCAUAUUAUUUUAAUUUGGGGAAAGAAUCUGAGCUGCUGAGACUGAGAUUUCUUGCUUUAUUAGUUUUGGAUCUUAUCGUGAUUGCACUCCAGAACUUAAACAUUCACAGCAGCAGGAAGUUCUAUCACUGCCUCUCAUUCUUGGCCUAUCCAAUUCCACUUGGAAUCCUGUUUUUCUACAUGGCUUGCCGAGUACCACCAUGACCAACCACUGCUGCCGAGCAUGGCAGGUGAUUUCACCUGGAGGAAUUGCAGAAGCAAAGCAACUCGCUCCAGCUAAGGCACUUCUUCGGGAUCUUGCACAGCGAACUCUUAAUGAGUAGGUGAUUUCUGUUGUGCAGAGACAUGCUUGUUGUACACCCAUUUAGAGGAUGCGUGAGCAGUGCAAUAAGGACUUGGACUAUGUAAUAGGUUAAUUGGUUUGGAGUGGAUUUACCAAAAUCUUGGAGAUGAUCUUUGAUUUAGAUUUUUUUUUAAAGUAUCGUUUUCACCUGGCAUUUUCCCCAUUUCAUCUGAUGUGGUGGAUUGUAAUCAAUUGAUUGUCCAUGUUGAUAUUCUGGUCAACUAGGGGAAUUUACUGUGUUCUCUGUAAUUGCUGCUUUCUAUUGGGGUAAAUCACUAUUUGACAACUAAUUGAAUAUAAAUAAAUAACUACUUGACUAAUCUGAUACCAGAUAAUUAAGAAUGAUGUAUAUGGUCUAAGAAGGGUAUGCCAUGUGAGGUUAAACUGAAGCUAAAGUACAAAAGAAAAUAAAUUGAGGAGCUGUUUCCUAGAAUGUUUAAGACUUGGGACUUUGCUCAGUAGCUGAUGUCAGAGAGGAAUCAUUUGCAAAAGAACAGAUACAAAGACUGAACUGUACAAAGGAUUCUUAAUUUAGAAAUGUUUAAAUGAAAGGACUCUAUUAAAACAAAGAGGUGGAGAGUCCAGGCUCCAAGAGGGACUCUUUUCUUCCAAUUUACACAAGUGACCUUGUAGAACUGAUCUUGUUAUUUGCACUGAACACCCAUGGCACUUGGUAAGCUGUUGGUGGACACAUUUGCUGCUUUUGCUCUUCUACAGUUAUUCUACACCCUGCCCCCUGCACCCCCACCCACCCAACUUAUAAAGUUGCAGUUUCCAGUUACAUUAGAUGUCUUUUAAAUUUGCUUUUAAAAGCUCUUGUCCUGCAAAGGUCACAAUGGGAUGGAGAGAACAGAAAGUUUCUAUUGUCAAGUAGACACAAGAAUCAGAGGUGAGAUGAGAAGAAUUUUUUUAAGCAAAGCAAGUAGUUAUGAUCUAGAUUGCACUGAAAUGAUGGUAGAAGCAGAUUCAAUAAUAACUUUUAAAAAAGAAGUGGAUUAAUACUUGAAAAGGAAAAAAAUGUAGAGCUGUGGGGAAAGAGCAGGGGAGUGGGACUAAUUGGAUAACUUUUUAAACAAACCAGCAAAGAUACAGUGGACGAAAUGGCCUCCUUAUGUGCUGUAGGAGAUGGGUGAAAAUGCACGCUGGAUAUUGCCUACGUGCGUGAGCACUAUUGCAUUGCAUGAGCACAUGUGAGGAAUGAACGUCAAUCCUACUUUCUGAAUAAUACCCAAUUCUUGCCAGAGUUCAGUUUCUCUCAGCCCAGUCUGAAAAUGGUGCAGAUCAGAUUAGCUGGGCUCCCAGCUCAACCCUGUGGGAUUUCUAGAUUAGCCUGAUCUAUCCAUUUGAGCCUGCUUGGAUUUGCAAGUGUUUAUUUCUGAAAUUCCAAAUUAGCCAAGUCUUACAUUUUUUAACAGUGGGAGAAAAUGAAGUGAAUGAAGAAAAUGAAUAAAGAAAUAACACCAAUGAAUGCAAACACAGCAGCUGCUAUAUUUUACCCUGGUCUUCUUUUAAUACUCGAUUAACUAAGGGAUGAACAGAGCUUUUUUUCAAAUUCCAUUCCUUUAUAAUCUGGUCAAGGAUUAAUAGUGAAUGUCUUCAUCCCAGUUAAUAUACAAGCUUGUUGCUGCUACCUGGAUGGAAUUUUAGUGAGAAGGAGUGGAACUUAUACAUGAAGGGGAAGAAAAUUGCAGGGUUCUGGGGGUGGGGGGGGGGAAAAGGGCAGGGACUGGGACUAAUUGGAUAGCUCUUUCAAAGAACUGGCACAUAGAUGAUGGAUUGACUGGCUUCCUUCAGUGCAGUAUUAUUCUAUAACGACCAUUCCUGUGCACCUCAUAGCAACUGGUGAGCACAUAGGAAUGACUCUGGGUGGCUAUAUUUCAAAUUUCUUCAUUUCCCUUGGGGAACUGUUUGGGCUUUCGUUUUGCACUCUCACUGACACAACAGCCAAAGCCCAUUAAUAGUGCAGUCAAAAUUCACAUCUCUCAUCUAAACAUAAGCUGACGUAGGCACCUGCCUCUAACAGCACAAUCCAGAUCAGCUCCUCACACCAACAAUACAAGUAAGAGGGCAUUCAGAUUGCAUACGUCCGCCAUGCUAUGUUACUCAAUGUUAUUACAAUUGUGCAGUUCUUCCUUGAGGCGUUUCCUUGCCUGGUUGAAGCUCUGUAACUACAAAGCUGGAAAAAAGAAAUAUUUUUAUUAAGAGCUUCCAUCUCACUGAGGAGGCUUCAGCCCAAUCCAACAACUUGCUCUGAAAGCUCUGCUCACAUUUUCACAGCUGUGACAUUCCACCACGGCAGCUGAGACAAUCCAUAACCAUUCUACAGAAAACAACUCAUAACAUUCUUAAAAAAGUCAAUUUCCUCAAUGUCCCAAUGUUAAUGGAUUCUUUAAAAAAAAAAAUUUCCAGGAUCUGGAUCUUCAUCAAAAACUAAUCAAUUCUUCCUUCGUCCAGGUCGUAACCUGUGUACUAAGUUUCAUUGAAAUUCAUCCAUUAGUUUUUGAGAUACAUUGUUUACAGACUAACUAACAGUGGCGAAAACAUUACCACCAUCUGCCUUCGGUGGUGGAGGUAACUAGAGUCACUAACCGUAACUGGUGUCAGCUAUGGUUUGGUGUUAGCAAUCUUGCCAUAGUAGGGAGGUUGUGAAUUCAAGAUCCAUUUCGGAGCAUGCAAAAUCUAGCCUAACACUCAAGUGCAGUGAUGUUAAACUAAGGUAUCAUUGCACCUCUAGAUGUAAAAGUACACAUUACACUACAUUAUUUCAAAGAAGAGCAAGGGAGUUCUCUCUGGUGUUCUGGUCAAUAUUUAUCUUUCAAUCAAUACUACUAAAAUGGUUUAUCCAGUCAUUAGCAACCUUGCUGUUUGUGGGACCUUGCUAUGCUCGUAUUGGCUACCCUGUUUCCCAACAUUAUGACAGUGACUACAUUUUGAUAAGUACUUAAUUGUCUGUAAAGUGCAUUGGGAUGUUCUGAGAUUGUGUCUGGUGCUAUAUAAAUACAAGUCUUUUUUUCUCAACAUCAAAUAUAUGUAGCUUUGACCAGUGUGUUUAAUUUGUAUAAAACUUCAGUGUUUGUAACAAUCGGCAGCCUCCAGAAAUAAAAAGGCUGAAAGUCAAAUAUAUUAAAUGGUACGAACUCAAACACUAUUCAGUACUUAAACCAAAUAAGCAAGUUCAUCAACAGGCCCCAAAUCAUGGGAUAAAGGCAAUUGUUUUGAAUGUGGAUACAGGUUGAUUAGUCUGCUGGGUAGAAUAUUGAAAUUGGUCGGUCUGGUGGUGAGUACUUCUGGUACUGGGCAGGAGGGUUAGCUUUUUAUGGCAAUCUCCUAAUGCAUGUCAUUGCACCUUACCUCAGCAUGGAACCGUUACCAUUUUUAAAAAUAUGGUAUCAUGGGUUACCCACCGUUUUUGCCUAUACUAAUGUGAUCCUGUGUUUUCAGUGCAUAAUUUGUUCAUGUACCUGUGUACAAUCUAUAUCGUGUAAUGCUGUUGUGAUUUUAAUCCUUUUGCUGUAAUACUUGAGUUCUCAAUAAAAUAGUUUCACAAUAA